GGCGGCUGGGAGAUCGGGCUGCAGCAGGAGUGUGACUACCUGCAGGAGAUCGAGAGGCAGCAGGAAGAGUGCCUGCAGGAGGCACAGGUGGAGAAUGAGACGGAGGUGGCAGGCUGCAGCCGAAUGUGGGACAACCUCACCUGCUGGCCGGCCACCCCCCGGGGCCAGGUGGUCAUCCUGGCCUGCCCCCUCAUCUUCACGCUCUUCUCCCCCAUCCAAGGCCGCAAUGUGAGCCGCAGCUGCACGGACCAGGGCUGGACACAGCUGGAGCCCGGCCCCUACCCUGCUGCCUGCGGCCUGGACGACAGGGAGUCCGGCCUGGACGAGCAGCAGCAGACUCUGUUCUAUAACUCGGUGAAGACCGGCUACACCAUCGGCUACAGCCUGUCCCUGGCCACUCUCCUGGUGGCCGUUGCUAUCCUGAGCCUGUUCAGGAAGCUGCAUUGCACCCGGAACUACAUCCACAUGCACCUCUUCGUCUCCUUCAUCCUGCGCGCCGCCGCCGUCUUCAUCAAAGACCGGACGCUGUUCGACAGCGGGGAGUUGGACCACUGUGCCCAGGGCUCGGUGGGCUGCAAGGCGGCCGUGGUGUUCUUCCAGUACUGUGUCAUGGCCAACUUCUUCUGGCUGCUGGUGGAGGGGCUCUACCUGUACACCCUGCUCGCCGUCUCCUUCUUCUCCGAGCGGAAGUACUUCUGGGGGUACAUUCUCAUCGGCUGGGGGGUGCCCAGCACUUUCAUCAUGGUGUGGACUGUCACCAGGAUCCACGUUGAGGAUAUCGGGUGCUGGGACACCAUCAACUCCUCCUUGUGGUGGAUCAUCAAGGGCCCAAUCCUCACCUCCAUCUUGGGGAACUUCGUCCUGUUCGUCUGCAUCAUCCGGAUCCUGGUGCAGAAGCUGCGGCCCCCCGACAUCAGGAAGAGUGACAGCAGCCCCUAUUCGAGGCUGGCCAAGUCCACGCUGCUGCUGAUCCCUCUCUUCGGCGUGCACUACGUUAUGUUCGCCUUCUUCCCUGACAACUUCAAGCCCGAGGUGAAGAUGGUCUUCGAGCUCGUCGUCGGGUCUUUCCAGGGCUUUGUGGUGGCCGUCCUCUACUGCUUCCUCAACGGCGAGGUGCAGGCGGAGCUUCGGCGGAGGUGGCGGCGCUGGCACCUGAAGGGCGUGCUGGGCUGCACCACCACGUCCCAGCCCCUGUGGGGCGGCAGCACGGGCGCCACGUGCAGCACGCAGGUGUCCAUGCUGACCCGCGUCAGCCCCAGCGCGCGCCGCUCCUCCAGCUUCCAGGCGGAGGUCUCCCUGGUGUGAACCGCAGGCACCCUGCACCUCAGUGCCACUCCUGGGGCCUGGGAGCCCAAGGCCCAGGGCAGUCAAGGUCAAAGAAUCUCAGCCUCUCCUCCUGGCUCCGCCCCACGGAGCGCUUCUGGCCUUGGGAGGACAGUGGCCCAGCCUUCAGCGAAGUUCUCAAGACCUGAGGGCGGGGAGGUCACCACCCUGGGGGCCGGGCUCCCCAGUGGCAAGUUUCUUUGGGUUAAGCCUUACCAUCCAGUACUCCCCUGCCCAGUGCCCCCGGGCCGGCUCCUCCAGCACAGGCAGGCUCAUGAUGGGGAUCUGAGGUGUGGGGUGUGGAGCGUGCACCAGCAUCCCUCUCGUGAGAGGGACAGUUCAACCCGGGACCCAGGCAACCCUGGGCCUCUGGCAGUGAGGCCGCUGCACCCACGCACGCACACUGCUGGACCUCGUGGCUUCCGUCAUGUGGGAUCCAUCACACCAGCCUUAUGCACAACCAAAGCAAUUGAGCUGCCCACUGGGCGCUCGCCCAGACGUUGACUGCUGCAGGCCAACUCAGCCUGUCUCGUGGAUGGGGAAACCAAGUCUCGGAGACGGUGGGAGCUCGCCCGUCAUCCAGCCAAGAUUUGAGCUCAGACUGAGCUGAGGGAAGAGACUCCUCUUCACCGCCUUCUUACAGCCUCAGCAGCAGGAUCCUCUCGGGCCUUUGUCACCCAGAGUCAUUAGUGCCGUUAUCCCCAAAUCCCCACCCCUGGAGCAUGGCUGAGGAGGCCCCAGCUCAGGCAUGGCCACGGCAGCCUGUGUCACCGUUCACCCAUGGGGCCACACGGACUGAUGGCCCAGCCUCUGCUUGAGGACCCUGGGCUGCAGCAGGCGACCCUAAGGGUUGGCCUAGCUGGGCUUCGUGCCCUGGAGCUUCCAGACCCAUGUGGCCUGGCUUCCUGUCUGUAGGCACCGCCCCCUACCCCGAGGAGGGGUCCAAAACAUGCCAAAGCCAGAAGCCGCCCGGGUGGGGGCCCACAUUUCCGUGUGUCAAGCAGCUCAUCUCCUUCGGAGGCGUAUCCUCCUCUUCCGGGUGUGACAGUUUUUAUAGAGCAGGUCCCCAACUGACCCUCAGCCUCUGAGCCAGCCCAGAGGUGCCUCGCCCAGUCCUGGGCCAGGAUGGACUGGAAGUCCCAGAGAUGGUGAAGCUCUGGGCCACGGUCACUCCUGGAAACAAGGAGCAGCCGGGGAUGUGGUAGCCAGGUCGCCCCUUCCCAGGGAUCAGCCAGAAGAAGCCAGCGUGGCUGUCACCAAGGUCACUGACCUCCUAGGGCCCAGGGCAGCCUCCUGGAACCCAGCUCUCACCUCUGCAUACCUGGAGGGGCGACCUCGCUGGCGGGCCAGACGGUCACCAUGCCAGGAAAGGGGGGUGGACGAAUGGCAAGGCUCCUUGAGAGCCAGCCUGGGACCCUUCACCAGAUGACAGGUCAGGGACUGGCAACUGCCAGAGCUGCAGGAAGGACAGCAGGGUCCCAGCCCAGAACUGGAAACGCCCGUUAUGUGCCUGGCCUCAAGGAGGGGGGCGUGGGGGGACACAGGGUGACCCACAAGAGGUGGCGGUGUGGAAGCAGAGACCAGGACACAGCAUGAGGGGAAGACAUCUGGUCCUGUGCAGGGAGGUAACGAGGUGCAGAGGUCAGGGAUGGGGAGGCAGAGACCCCCCCCCCCGGGCAAGGAGCUUGGAGAAGGGGGACAGGAAGGCAACCAGAGCAGGACUUCUCCUAUCCCCUCUGUCACCUUUCACACGGCCAGCCUGUCCUUAUUGCCACCUGCUGGGCGCUUUGAGAGCCGACCUAAUCUUGGCCUUGGGACACCACCUCCAUGCGAGUGGCUCAGAAGGUGGUCUCCGCCCGAGGGUCACCGGGGAGGUGGCCAGGCACAGGGUGAGUCUGGGACAGGGGACACCAGGGCCCAGGAUCUACUGCCACAGGCUGGACCCUGACCCGCCACCCUACCCUCCCAGCCCAGAUGGCUGUCACCCCUUCUCUGGGAGAGGCCACCGGGUGUGGCAGCUCUGCCACCCCAGGCCAACGUGCUAGCACAGCAGGCGAAGGGCAGGCAGCCCCUCAGCGGAGGAGGGCUCCAGGUCCUAAGGAGACAUGUUGCAGGCCAGGGACCCCAGAGCCCAGGUGAGCAGACAGCAGGGCCCCUGCCUGAGGGAGCGGUGAGAGGGCUGCCCGGACGAGGCCAAGGGAAGCCCUGGGAAAGCUGCAGCGCCCCCCGCCAGGGGUGGAAAAGGAGCCCGAGGCUGCUGCAUGAGCACCUAGAGUGACGGGGCAGGCCAGGCCUCACCAAGGGCGGGGCGGGGUGAGGCGUGGGGUAAGGAGCAGCCCUGCGUUCCCACUGCUGCCGGGCCUCCCUCGCCCCUGUGUGGGAACAGGAACUGGGCUUAUCUGUCCCGGGGGAGGGGGCCGGAGCGCAGCUGGCAGUCAUUACGCACCCUGCUCUGGCCAGGAGGCCGAGCUAUUAAUAGCCAGGAGUUGGUGGCCCUUGAGACACAGCCUCUGGGGAGAGGGACAGUGACCUCGCUGGCUGUGGGGAUGAGAGGACCAUCGUAGCAACACCCCAACCUCUACGAGCGCACGUGGGGUCCCAAAGUUCUGAGAGGAAGGGGGUUCGCUUGGAGUUACCGUGGCGUCACGGCCAGAGCCUCAGACCCCAGCGCGGCCCGGUAGCGGACUCCUCAGAGGCAGCACUCAUGCAAACAGGAAGAGCAGGUCCAGCCAGCGGCACGGACUCCCAUCUGUAUUUAAUCUUCCUAUUUUAUUCAUCAUGUAUUUUUGCAUUAAUACUUUUUUAAAAAAUAUUACAUUAAACUGUUAUUUACCUGGA